AUGACCACCCCUCCACAAUUUAACCAGGACCCAGCCAAACAAGCAUUCCUGCAUGGAAUACAGAAGAUAUUGUCUGCUAAACCGAAGGCUAUUGAGAUACUCAGAAUAAUGCGAAUGUACAACUCAAAAUUGAUAGAGAGGUCAUCAAGAUGUUUAAAGGAUCCCAACCCGCUAGCAUCUACUAUGUCAGUGAUGAGUACAAAGUAUCCUUUGUCAGUCGACAAAAGUAGGUUUAAGAAGUACCAGAUGCCCUUAAACUUCAUACCCCCAAAGAAGACAGAUCCAGGGAACAAGCAUUACCAUGGAAGAGUCUUGUGCAAAAAAGACGCUAUCGAGUGGCGCAUCACCAAGUCACCAGUUCCUGAAGAAUCCAGCCUUGCAGUCACUAACAUUCUGAUGAAACAAGCUAGAAAAGAUGUGGAACUGUACAAGUCUUUCAACUGGAGUAGAGUCCGUAUAGAAUGGGGUGAGAUGAUAUUAGAAAGAAGGAGAGCCCGAAAUCCACAUUCCAAAUGA